CCAGGCCUAAUGAUAUAACAAACCAUAACCUAUCAGGCGUGUGCAAGUGUGUACAGUGUACCAGCAUAUUUUCUUUGUUAGCCAUACAGGUUGUGUUGUCGUAUAGUUUAUAUCGAUUUAAAAUAAUUCAGGAAAAAUGACAGAUUCCGCCAGCGAGGACUCGGUAACAAAACUAAACACGCAAUUGAACAAGUCAAUGGUAUUAAUGGAGAACGUGGUAGACGCGCCGUCUCCGAAUUACAAGCGUAAAUCUAUCACGAUAAACACAGAAGUGGAGUCGUCGAAGGCGAUUAACAGUCCUGUAGUUAAAUCACGCAGGAGUAUCUUGAAGAAGUCUGACAAACACAGUGAAAACGUAGCGAGCGACGAGACCGCGCAAACAAAUGGUAUCGUCGACAGAUUAAGUGAAGCAACGUCCAAAGGGUUGUCAUUGCCUGCCUCAGUUUUGUCCAGACCGCAUACUCUUGAAGAAAUAGCUCAAAAGGAGACACUAUAUGAGGAAAAUAUGUCCUCCACAUUUAACUUGGAGGAUGUAUCGGACAGCGAAGAAAUGUGGAUAAUGGAUGUUCCUAGAUUAAUAGACCCGCAAGAGUUUCACGGUCAAACUAUAGUUUUUGAGGAUAAAUCGAAGUUUAGAAUUAAAGAUGAACGAUAUUGUAUAAUUGCACAUAAAAUGAGGCAUAAUGUCACAUGUGUUUUUAAUACACAGAAAAACAUACCGCAGUAUAAGACAGUAAAUGUGAAACCAACUGGAUUCUUAACAGUAAGGAGGAAAUUGUCUGGACCACCAGAAGUAAAACCAGUAUCCACAGAAAACUCAGAUGUACAGUUCCCUGAUCAUUUAAAAGCAAGGCAUCCACUGUUUGGUGUUAUUCGCGAACGUAAGAAGAGAUCGAAGAAACGUAACUCGCUCAAAGAAAUCUAGGAAUUAUAAAUACAGAUUGAAUAUAAUUUGAAUGUGUUAAUUUAAAUGACUUUGUAUAAAAGAAAGAGCACAAAAUUUUAAAAAGUAAAAAUAAGACAAUUUUAGAGAUUGAUUUUACUCAUUUAGAAUGAAUUGAAUAGCAAAA